AUCGGAGCGCGCCGGGGACGCCCAGGAUGUGUGACUCUGGAUCUGUCCGCUGCGGAUAAAAUGGACCGGGCUGCUGCGGGGGCAAUGCUACGCUUUCCGGCCUUGCGAGGAGUCGGACGCUUCGCAUCGAUUGGAGCUGCAGGUUCUACUGCGGUGUCACCGGGCUGACCACAGAGGACACCACUUGUCUGUCUCUCCGCCUCUGACUGCCCGUGAAUGCCAGGUGAUACUUAAAUACCUGUGUGUUUUGGACACCAUUCAUAAUGGAGUUUCCCGACUUGGGGAAGCACUGUUCAGAACCGACUUGCAAACAACUAGAUUUUCUGCCUAUAACAUGCGACGCCUGUAAACAAGAUUUCUGUAAAGACCAUUUUUCCUACACGGGUCAUAAGUGUCCCUUUGCCUUCAAGAAGGAUGUGCAGGUGCCUGUGUGUCCACUCUGUAAUGUCCCCAUUCCUGUGAAGAGAAGUGAGAUCCCAGAUGUGGUGGUCAGCGAGCACAUGGACAGAGAUUGCACCUUUCACCCUGGGAGGAACAGAAACAAGGUUUUCACACACCGCUGCUCCAAAGAGGGAUGCAGGAAGAAAGAGAUGCUGCAGCUGACUUGUGCUCAGUGCCAUGGCAACUUUUGCAUUCAGCACCGCCAUCCUCAGGACCACAACUGCCAAGCUGGGAGUAGCUCAGCCAGCCGAGGGAGGGCUUCCACAUCCAGAGCUGCUGAGCAGAAGAAGCCAUCAGGAGUCAGUUGGCUGGCCCAGCGGCUCAGGAGGACGGUGCAGUAACGGCGAGGCUCCUGUCUGCCACACAGCAGCUCCUUUCUGUUGGGUUUUAAUCCUGGUGACAUGGCCUCCAGCACUUUCCGGCUUCUCCUGAGUCUGAGUCUUUAUGGAAGAGUCUCCCAUUGACUGCCCAAGUUAGGACAAGGAGAUGGCUCAGUGGGUGAAGUGCUUGCCUCAGAAGCCUAAGGACCUGAGUUCAUCCCCAGAACUGAGUGUGCUUGGUGCACACUUGAACUCUCAACACUUGGGAGGUGGCGAGAAGAAAAUUUCCAGGGCUCUCUGACCAGCAGCCUAGCAUUAUUGGAGAGUUCCAGGCCAGAAAGAUGCUGCCUCAGAAACCAAGGUGGAUACUCUCUACAGAAGGACAUCAGAAAUUCACCUCUGACCCCCCCCCCCACACACACACACACGUGUACCCAGAUGUACACACACAAGAUGUACAAUUUAUUUAGUAAAAUAAGUGAGGCUGUUCAGCAACUCCUUAAGGUGGGUUAGGUUACCAUAGCAAAAAGCUGCAGGGUUCAGGAGCUGAGGGCUUGUGUACACCUCCUUAGUGGUGGCUUUGGCCUGUGCUAAACCACUCCAGGACUCAGUAUUCUGGAAAACUCUGUCCUAUAACAGGAAAGAACUACCAUCUGCUCUAUAUUCUUCCCUCCAUGGCUUUUGUAAUGAGGUGCCUUUGGGGCACAGUCUAUUCAUGGUCCCCAAGAACAAGAGUCAGUGUGGUUCCCUUUCCCGACCUCUGGCUGAGGCUGCUGUGGAGGAAGGGCGUGCAGUGAUGUCUCCAAGGUUGAGCAUCAGCCUCACCAUGCCGUGGCUCCACAUGCCUGGGUUCAGGUUGUUUAGUUUUUUGAGACUAUGGAGCCCUGACUGUCCUGAACUCACUCUGUAGACCACACUGCCCUUAAACUCAUAGUAACCCCAUGACUCUGUCCCUUGAGUGUGGAUUCGCUUUUAACUCCCAAGAAGAGCACCAAGGAAUGGGAGCCAUUUCAGAACUGUGUGGUUCUGCAGUAGAAGCUUCUCGUGCUGAAGCACCACAGCAGUGGACUGAGUGUGUCCUUGGGCCAAAACUGAGGCUCUGGGCCUCAGGGUGCAGCCAGAGUCACUCCGUGCCACCUGUGGCCUGACCACAUCUGCCAGCUGGCCAUGACAGUGGGGGGAGAUGCUUGGGGUACUCUAGUCACCUCCAUAUAAGGGUUGACCCUCACUUUCCAGGAGCUUGGGUACUGGGAUGACAUAGGACCAACCACUCAAGCUGGUUUUGACCUUCACCUUAGUUCUGAUGGCCUUUGGGAUAGUUAACUGCAUGAAUUCCAUUCGUAACAGCAUUGUGCAGGUUUUGUGGCCUCUAGCUGGCAUGGGCAGGCCGGGGUGGGUUCCACUCACUCUGUUGUCUAAAGACCUGACUCUGUCCUAAGCCAGUGCCUUCAUCACAACACCAGCCUGCUCAGUCCAUCUCUGGACUCAUCGGUGCACUCUGCCUGUCCCCAGUGUCUGGCUAGAUCUGGGGGGACUCGGAACAAGGUCUAGGCAAUGGUGCUCUGUGGGGACACUGAGACAAACCAGUCUUUUAUACUUCCACUUCCCAGGGUGACAGCCGUUCAUCCUCAUGCUAGUAGACACUUGAGAUGUAGCCACUAUAACAGCUUGUAAUUCAACUUAAGUUUUAAGGCAGCUGGGUUCAGUAAUUAGACAAUAUUUAAAUAAGGUCUUAGUCUCCCGUCUAACCAUUGUAUGCAAUAAUGUUUCCGCUGAGAUGACUAAGCUGGGUAUUGAAAGCACAUUGGGUGGGCUGGGGGAAUGGUCCAGUGAUAAGAGCUUGUAUCUCUCCUGCAGAGGACCAGAGCUUGGUUCCCAGCACCACCCAUACCAGAUAACUCACAACUACAUGUAACCUCAGCUCCAGGGGCAUCUGAUGCCUGUGAACUCUGUGGGCCCUUGCAUACACAUGCACAUAUUCUUAAACAUGAAUUCGGAAGUACACUGGGAAAGGUUAGAGCCUAGAGUUAGUGGGUUAACCCUCACCUAGAGCCCAUCGGUGAGGAGCUGGGGCCACAAUUCAAUAGGAGAGCGCUUGCCUAGAACCCCUCGGGUCUGGGGCAUAGUUUAGUAGUGGAGGACCUGCCUGUCAUGUCUGAGGCCUCAGAGUCUAUCCCUACUACUGCAAAAUCACCAGACUGAAGACAAUAUCAAAUGUAAGACAUUGUGUGUUGAAAUAUUUUAUAUAUAAUGGUUAAUAAAAAUAUUAUAUUCC